AUGAAUUUUGAACAAUUCUUUAAUACUAACAAAGUCCCAAUGGUUGUGGAACAAAUUCAAGUUAAAGAGCAAAACAUCACAACACACGACGAAGUCGCUGCCUUUGAAACAUAUCUGAGUAUUGUCCUAGGGGCCCCGUUGGUUUUAAAGCUUAAAUUCCUAGUACGUAAAACCGUGACUAGUUCGCCUAGUGCAGGAUAUGAUGACGUGGUAUGA